UGGUACCUGCAGUUACCCAAACGGUAAUGCUCGGUAACGCCGCUCGACGAUGUUCCGUCUUGGCAUGUCGUUCCAUUCGUCCGGCCGUAUUCGCGCGACGACUUUAAUGCGUUACGAAUAAUAAUAACCGUAACAAUAACAAUAUUUCGUUUCUCUUUCGUUUACACCGAAAUGUUCAUCGUCCGAUUUUAUCGUUUAAACCCGGCGUUAGCGUUAAUUUUCGAUUCGCGAUUGUGUGAAACCAAAGUGUGUACAUCUACGCGACUUGCAUUCGUGCAUUCAUGUCUAUCAACUUCACCUGUUUCGAUGUAUUCGAGACGAUAUGCAUUACCAAAGUUUUCAACGGAUUAGGUCAGCGGUUCCCGAACCCUUUCGGCCACGGAGCCUUUUUUUUUAAACACCAUUUUCUCGCGGAGCCCCGAGAAAUAUUCAUUGGUGAUGAUGAAGACUUACCGACGACCAGAUUAAAAGAUUGUGAACCCAUCAAUGAUCCCGAACCUGGUUAUUCUAAAAUGUUCAAAAACAAAAUCAGAAGCCGAAGAUACUACAUAGUUUUAACAUUACUAAUAUUCAUGUUUGCAGUGCUCAUUGCAGCUGUUUUCGGAUUAUCAUAUGCCUACCUCGCGAAGGCAAAUCAAAAUAGUAAACUAUGCACAACAGAAGACUGUUUAAGAUCUGCUACAGCACUAGUGGAAUCAAUGAAUACUUCGGUCGAUCCGUGUGAUGACUUUUAUGAAUUUGCUUGUGGGCAUUAUGGUAUAAUGCAUCGAAUACCAAAAUCAGCGCAUUCAACUGAUAGAUUUUCCGAAUUACAUGCUCUUAUGCUAACAUUCAUCAGGGAUUAUAUGGAAAAAGAAGAUAGUAAUCUUGAUCCUGAAGCCGUAUGGCAAUCACGACGGUUAUACCGCUCCUGCAUAGCAACAGAUGAAAUGGACGCAGCCGGACUUAAUCAAUUAGUUGAAAUUUUGGAUAAAAUUGGCUUGCCACAUUUAGGACUCCCGGCUAAAAAAAAAAAUAUAAAUUUAUCAUCUAUUUUAGCUAGUGCCAAAAAACAUAUCAGUUUAGAUUAUUUAUUUACAACCGAUAUCGAAACUGAUCCAAAAAACCGCUCAAUCAAUCAGAUUGCUAUUGGUAAACCAAGAGGAUCAACUGUGUUUCCUAUCCAUAAAACAACAGAAAAUAUGAGAAUUAUGAGUUCCAGAAAAGGUCGAGAAACAGAAUUUUCAGAAGAAAAAGUAGACAAAAAUGAAGAAGAUACUGAUGAAGGGGUUUAUUAUUUAAAAUCUUUUGGAAAAUAUUUUAAAAAAGUUUGGUUAGAAAUUUAUAAGUCUCAACUAAAUAGUUCCAAUCCUUCCGAUAUAAAAUUGGAAUCUCUAGCAGCUCAAAUAUUAUUGUUCAAUAAUGAACUGGCAGAAAUAAAAGAUGAAGUAUACGACACAGACGGACAACUUCCAUCAAUUAUGUCGGUAGACGAUUUACAAUUAUUCAUGGACAAUAUUACACUUGGGGCUACUGAAUCACACGAUCAUUACAUCAACUGGAAGGAAUAUUUUUCAAUUCUGUUUGCGGAUGUAAAAAAUAUUACUUUGGAUUUUGAAACUGAUUUAAUCCAAGUAAAUAACAUUGAAUACUUUGAAGCUUUAUUCAGAAUAAUAGGUGAAAAGGGAAAAAAUCAGCAUGUACUCAAUUUAUGGUGGGAAGUCGUAACCACUCUUUUACCAUUCACUACAAAUCAGAUGCGAUUCAUUCAAGAUACAUUUUACUACGAAACGACUGGGUUAGAAAACAAUCCUUCGCGUUCACUUUAUUGUGCAAACGCUGUGAACACUAUGAUGGGAAUGGCUGUUUCUAAUUUGUUAAUAGAUUUGGAAUACUUAGAGCACAAUAAACAAAUGAUGGUUGAAAUGAUGAAAAACAUUCAUGAGGCAUUUGAAAAAAUAGUCAACGAACUAAAGUGGAUGGACGAUAUUACUAAAAACAGAACACUGAAUAAGGCACGACUAAUGAAAACAUUUGUUGGCUUUCCAGAAUUUAUAAAAGACCAAAUGGAACUCGAUAACUACUAUGCUGAUUUGGAAGUUGUGGAAAAUGACUACUUUGGAAACGUCAUACGUUAUAUACAACGUAAUUUGAAUAAUUCUCUGAUAUCACUCAGAGAAAUUAACAAUUAUGACAUAAACUCAUGGGCAUCAGAUCCUUUAGAAGUUAAUGCUUUCAACUGGAUCCAAGCUAAUGCAAUAACUAUUCCAGCUGGAAUUUUGCAAUUCCCUUUCUUUGGUCAUGAUUUGCAGGUGCUUAAUUAUGGUUACCUUGGCUCUAUAUUGGGGCAUGAGCUGACCCAUAGCUUUGACAAUACCGGCCGAAAAUUUGAUCAAGAUGGAAAUGAAAACAUGUGGUGGACAAAUCAAACUACAAACGAAUAUGAAAAACGUACUAGUUGUUUUAUACAGCAUUAUGAGUCUUAUACAGUACCUGGAAUUGAAGAGAAGAUUAACGGUAAACUGACAUUAGAUGAAAAUAUAGCUGACAACGGCGGAAUAAGAGAAGCGUUGUGGGCUUAUAGGACAUUUGUGGCUGGAAAUGGUGAAGAAAAAAAACUACCAGGAUUAGAAGAUUUUAGCCACGAACAAAUCUAUUUUUUGGCAUUUGCAAAUAAUUGGUGCGAAUCAGCAACAAAUGAAUCGAUAUCGAAUAGUUUACUAGAUGAACACAGUCCAAAUUAUAUACGAGUAAACGCAGGAUUAACAAAUUCUGAAGAAUUUAGCGAAGUUUGGAAGUGUGAAAAAGGUACAAGAAUGAAUCCAAUAAAUGAAAAGUGUAAAAUAUGGUAGUACUACGUACAUCAAAAUAUUAUUAUUGUAAAGCUAUAAGUACGAUAAUAUUGUUUAUUAAAUCCAAUAUAACAUUAAUAUCUUAAUAUCGCGCCAAUCGACUGCGGGUUAUGUAUAAUUAAUCCAUAUUAUUUAAAUAUUAUACGUUAUAUAAAUGUCUUUAGGACGCAUUUUUUACCAAAUUA